CAAUCAAAACAGGUGCGAUGUCAUCGUCUUAUCUCUCGGAUAGACUGUAAACAUUCAGAAUCUGGUCUCCUCUUUGGAUUUUUUUUCAGAGAAAUGACAUACUCGUUGCACAGAUUAUAAAGUAACCAAAUGUUAAGAUGGGAGGAUGUUAUUCUACUGCCAGUAAUGAAGCAGUACAAAGUCCAAAACACAAACUUCCCAGAGAUAGGCCUGUAGAUAGAUCAAAUGGUAAAUUAGAAAAAGAAAUUCAAGCCUAUGGAGUGAAUUUUACCUCAGAAGAAGAAGAAAUAUUACUUCAAACUAAAAGUGUUGGAACAAAUUGUGAAGAAGAUGAUAAUGUAGAGAAACGAGUUGUACCAUCUGACAGUGGAAUAGAGAGCUUGGCUCCAAAUUCUAUCAAAGAUGAAAAUGAGUCACCAAGUCGUACAGAAUCUUAUCUCAAUGAUGUAAAUGAAAGAGAGUCGUGGUAUAAUCAGACUACAGAUUGUGAUAUUUGUAAAGACACUAGUAAAACUGAUCAUACUAACUGUGGUAAAGAAUCAACUGGUGAUGUUCAAAUACAAACAUAUUGUUCUUGUGGACCAAGACAUGCAGGUAAAUCUACCUGGCAAAGCAAUUCAACUUCCAUCUGUAAAACCCAUAUGAACAGUCCCAAAUCCAAAAGAAAUUCAGAUAUUGCUGGAUUGAAAUCAAGUUUUAGAGACUUUAUGAGAAAAACUGAUAAAAAAGUCCGGUUGUCUUGGAAAUCUAGUGACAGUUUAGAUAUUAAUAAACAAAUGACAACUCAUUUAGAUCGUACCAAAAGUGAGGCGUCCGAAAUUUUUAAAGAUGAUAUUAGUUUUUGUGCUCCUUUGGCUAAAUUUGAUUCUGUAGAUUAUAGCUUAGAUCGACAAAAUUCCAAAAAUCGAAUAAGUACUUUAAGUACAACCAGUGAAAUAGAAGCUCUCGCAAGAGAUAUCUGCAAUUGUGAAUUUUAUGCUAAUAAUUUGUCAAGUGAGUUUGAUUCUUUGGUGCCUGAAAAAAGACAUGAGGGUUUUCCUACAGAAGCUAAGGAAACUUUAGAUAAAGAGAAGAUCUCAGAAAUACCCAUUAAUGAUAGUGUUCUUCCUAACAGUUCUAAUAACAUUAUACCAGAUCAAAAUAAUACUAGUUUGAAAUCCAAACCAAACGGACAUUCAAUUGAUUUUAGUGAAGUGAAUGUGAAACCAAAGUUAAUAGAGAGACGUGUCGUUAAACAAGUAUCUCUUGCAUCGUUAUCAAGCAGUGUCAGGCCCUCAUUGUCUUCCUUAGCAGAUGUCACUAUGACAACACAUGAAGGCAGGGAUAUGGUGAUGAUAGAUGUUGAUACCUACACUCAGAUAUUAGAAGAAUUAUCCUUAUUAAAAUCUAAACUCAGUCAAUUAACCACAGUUAUACAGGAGGAUCCACAAUUAGAUCAAGCAUUUCAACUAAUGGAGACAUUAAAUUUUGAUGAUAGUUUAACUUUACAACAAGAUACAGUUGGAUCUGAGACUGAAUUAAAUUGCUAAUUUCCAGAAAGAAGUGUCUGCAGAAUUGGAUCCCCCCCCCACCCACACACACACACUCAAAAAACAAAAAGAAAAGCCAUGAGAGAAAUAUAUUGUUUUACAGAAGCUGACCAGAGGAAAUGAAUAUUUUAUUAUUCGCACACAUGGAAAUGAGGUAUAUUGUCGUCGCCCCCGUCCGUCCAUCCAUCGUCCUCAAUUUCUUCUUAACACAGAGUACAUUUAUCAUCUGAUUGUUUUGAAAUUGAUAUAUGUUGAGAUGAAGAUGUCUAUUUAAUUUCAAUAAUUUCUGUUAAUUACUUCUAAAGUUAUAUACCUUGUUUUACUUUGUUGAACCUUGUGAACGCUCUUAACAACAAAUGUCAUCAUCCGAUCAUUAUGGAGUUUACAUGUAUUAUCUGAAUUAGUAAGACGAAGCCUGUCAAAUUUCAACAAAUUCUGUAAAUUAUUUCCAGGGUUAAGGCCCUUGUUUCAGUUUGGAGAACCUUUUGAAUCCUCAAAGAUUGAAAAUUAUAAUCUGAUCUUUUUGAAAUGGUCUUGUAAAUGCCCCCCAUUACCUACAAAAGAAUAAAUAUGCAACAACCCUUGUUGACCACUCGGAUGAUUUAGCUGUUUUGGGCGUAUGUUUUGUUGCCUGGCAACCUAUCUUUAACAUUUUAAAUAAACAUAAACAUUCCUAAAGAAGUAUGAAUAUCAAACCACAAUCAUUUAAUUUUGCUCAUUUGUAAAGUUCUCAUUUGACAAUGCACAAAAGACAUACAAAUAAUACGCUAUUAUUGUAUUUUAGAUAAUAUUAUACCCCUAAAUUGUACUUUAAUAAAUGUAUUACAAUAUCUUUUUCACUAUGAAAUCGGUGACUUUUAUUAUUUAAAUGUAUACAUUAUAUUAUCUGUGGCUUUCAUAAGUUGAUUACCAUUCCUUAAAGUUAUAUGUCCAUCAUGUACAUCUAAUGUCCUCUUGUUUAAGAAGAGUGUCUCCCUUUGCUAUAUAGUCAUAGUACAAUUUUUUUGUGUGCAAUGUCUAGCUGUUUUCAACCAGAUUAAUGAUUAUCAAAAUGUAAUGAGGGUAUAAAUAAAAUGGUUUCAUCCUUUUGUCUGUCCAUCACAUGUUUUCGGACACAUUAAAAUAACUCUGCUUCUAAUUAAAGAUGCAUUAUGUAGAAUUUAGAUAAAGCUAGUCGUUCUUGCUAUAAAAGUUCACAUUUAAAUUAUGAAAGAUGAAUUAGCUCUUACAUAAUGUAUCUUUAAACUAGAAUGUUCAAACUUGCUGUAGGUGUUUAUUAGGUUAAUGCAGGGUUCUUAAUCCAUUUCGAAAUGAACCGGCCGGAAUUGGGUCAAAUGAGGUCCCUGUAGGAAAUUAUAAUAUUCCAUUCCCUUUAAUAUAACCGGACUUCAACAAAAAUAAUUCUUGGUAAUUUGUUAUGAGGAAUAUGGUAUUCUAAUGUAUGUAAUUUUCACAAAGCUAAUGUCUUGACUGCAUUAGAUGACAAACAUUUUCUGCUUAGGCUAUGUAUAGAUAAGCAGUUUGAUUGCUCGAUGCUCUACAAAAAGAUAAAUGUGCAAUUAAUUAAACCUACAUUAUGCAAGAGCUAAAUCUGCCCAUUGCAGGCCUUUCUUUAGGCCUGAAAUGCUAUAUAAACUAUUAAUUAGAUAUUAAUUAACUUAUCCAAACCAUAAUCAACUCUUGAUGUCAUCUUAUGUGUCGGAUUUUCACUGGUUUGGAUUCCAAUCUGCUGCUCAACACUCAUUGAUUAAAUCCAAAAUUUUGUUUUAUUGUACCAUAAUGUAUCUUUAAUAUGUGUCAUCUAUUUACUUUGGGAUUGAGGCUGGGGGCAUCAGCCUCACUGUUGGCUUGUUAUAGCUGCUCUUAACAAUUCAGCAGGAAGAUUUUAAAAGUGGAUGUAUAUUAAUGUCAACUGUCCGUCCAUCUGUUUAGGGUUUUUGUGGACAAGUAAACAUUAAGAAGUGUUAAAUCAGAUUUGCUUAUUUUUAUGUCAGAACAGUGUGCCAUAUUUAAUAUUUAUGGAAUUACAGUGGUUGCUUGGAAUAUUCUGUUCUAUAUAAACAGUAAGAAAAAUUUGUCCAAAUUGGAUGAAACCUUCAGAGGUUUAUUCUCACAUCAUAUAGAUAUGCUGUGCCCUUUUUAUUAUUGGAGAAUUUUAAUUGAUGUUAACAGAGUUAUUUCUCUUGUUUUAAAAAAUCUGUUCACAAUCUGAUUAAAACACAGAUCCUAUUUCGUUUCGUUUUUUUAUAGUUCAAAAUUUUGUUUUACCUGUCUUUGCUACACUAGGAUCUGGAAGAUCCACGUUCUGGAUGUAGUGAGCGAUUAGCCAAUAAAAUGGUCUGUUAUGGCGAGUUUUUGGCGUGAGCGGCACGGAACUGUGGGUAACUCACUAGAAAACAUCAACGUUGAAUGGUUAAUCAAAUGUCUGACAUCAUAGGUUCAAAAGCCACUCGUAUGACUUCUGAUGCAACCUUCCACUACAACUGGUUAGAUCUUCAUGUAGUAGAUGCCAUCGAAAGUAUAAAAAAUGAAAUGAAAUAUAGAUCUGUAUUUUAAUCAGAUUGAUCUGUUCAUAAUUAUUAAUUGCUUAGCAAUGUGCAAUUUGUGUAGCAAACUAUUAUCAUGUGACAUCACUUUUUAACCCAAUCAACAAUUAGUUAGGUUGCCAUUGAGUUUAUAUUGUUUUAGGGCCUACCAUUUACAAGGCUAGUGCAUAUUUACUGGCACAUUAUAUUUAAUGGAAACUUCUGUUAAUUGUAAUUUUAAUUUUAAAAAUGUUAUGAAGCAUUGUAUAAAACACAUAUUAUUUAUAUUAUUCAUUAAAUCAUUCUAUAUAUAUAUAUCAUCAAUACAGGUAUUUAACCAUGUCAUCUUGAUAAUCAGUUUAUUAUCAAUCUAAUUAUAUUAUUCAUAGCGAAACAUGAAACCAAAAGACCAUAGUCCUUUACAUUGUAAUAUAUACCACACCAGUUGAUUUGUAUAAUGAUACUAAUUAUGUUGUGAUUACCGUGUUGAUCUCAUUCUCAUGUUUAUUGUUUUAUACUAGUUUUCAUGUCAGCAUGGCACAUUUUAUUAAAAUUUAUCUUAAUAUAUGUACAGUAUUUAAAAUUAUUUGAAUUUUCUUUAAAAAUUGUGAACAUCUUUUGUAUAUGUAAGUUUUAUUUGUAUGUCCAUUGAUUUCAAUUUGUUAACAGUAUAAACCAAUUCUUACUGGCACACUAUUUUAUAGGCCCACAUUUUCAUAUGGAGGUAUUAUGCCGUUGCCCCUGUCCGUCCGGACUUCUGUCCGUCUACAAUUUGUUUGUGGACACUCUUUAGGUCACAAUUUUUAUCUGAUAUUGACAAAACUUGAAAUAUAGGUCUAUCUCCCCAAAAUCUUGGUUCCUUUCGAUAUUGGCAUGUAUUGGACCAUAACUUCAUGGAUUAUGGUCCCUGAUUGUACAAAAAAAUCACGUUUUUAGCUUGUGGACAAUAGAGGUAACGAUUUUCAUCUGAUUUUGAUGAAACUUGAAAUGCAUGUUUAUAACCCAAAGAUCUUGGUUCCUUUCGAUAUUCGCACAUAUUGGAUUGUAACUUCCUGAUUUAUGGCCCCUGAUCGUACGAAAAAUUGUGUUUUUUGCUUGUGGACCCUCUAGAGGUCAAAAUUAUUAUCCGAUUUAAAAAAAACGUAGGAAUAUAUCACUGUUACACCCUGAUGAUGGUUGACAAAACGGCUGCUCCUUGUACGCAAAUAGUGUAAUAGUAUGUAAUACCAAGGUUGUGGACGCUCUAGAGGUCAGAAUUUUUAUCCGAUUUUGAUGAAACUUAAAAUAUAUCUUUAUAUCCCAAAGAUCUGUCCCUUUCGAUAUUGCGUAUUUCAGACCUAACUUUGAUUAUGUCCUUUUUUUUUAUGGAUUAAUGUGUUGUGAUUGAUGUAAUUUUAUAUAAGUUGUACUUAUGUAAAGUGCCCGAGAGCAGCUCGCUGAGUUGAAUUGUUGGCGGUAUAUAUAAAUCAAUUAUUAUUAUUAUUAUUAUGGCCCUUUAUUGUAUGAAAAAUUGCUUCUGUUUUUAGCUUGUUCUCUAUCCAUCUCUUGCAAAAUGUGGGCAUAUCUUGCCUGGCAACUGCUGGUUUCUAAAAGUAUAACUCAAAUUCCAUCCAAACUAUCCAUCUAUUUUCAUUGUGUAUAUUAUCACUAUCUGUGUUGCUACACUUAGUACAUGUAUUGUAUUUUUUUAUUUCUAAUCAUUCAUCUUCAAUAGGUAAAUAUUUUAAUAUUAUAUUUGGAUAUCUUUAUGAAAUUAAAUAUAAUCAUGGUGAAUUAGAAUUUUUAUUUUAAGGAAAGGGAACAAUUUUGUUUGUAUUUUACAGUAUCCAAACUCUUAUCAAAGUUGUAUUUUAUAUUUUUGUCCAGUAUUUUAUUAUCUUUUUCAUAAAGAUUACUUCAAUUUUCUUUUCUUUUCUUCUCAUUUAGACUUAUGCACUUUCAUAAUGCAAAGGUUUUGUUAGAUGCACAAUCUUUUCAACUGUUAUUUUUUUUAUUCUUUCCAAUUUCAUAUAUAUUACUAGGGUUUAUGAUUGAUAAUGCAAAGAAUUUAUUAAUAGAUUAUAGAUAUAAACUUGUUAGAUAAUUAGAUAGUUUAUGUUACAUAGGUAUUCAGCUAGUCAAGCUUGCAAGUCUUUUGCAAUGAAAUAAUUUAUAGAGAGACUUUUUGUUGAGCAUUGAGGUUUACAUAGUUUAUUGCAUGUUAUUUGGGGUAAUAAUUCUUUUCUUUUGUUCUUUCAAUGUAUUCAAAUCAAUUUUAUGUAUCUUUCAAUAUGAAAUAAAUUGAAGAAUUGACUUUUAAACCUUUAUAGAAUAUUUUUAACUUCAAUAUUUUGCAUACAUUGACAAAAGUGUAUAUAUAAAGCAAAUGAAAUCAUUAUAAAAACAACAUUGCUUUUACAAUGAAUUCGCUAUAUAAAGAAAAAUAAAAUAAACUUUAUUUCUUUCA